AUGGAUGAACCUUUUACCUUGUCUGUUACGAAAAGUGUCUAUGGCACAUCUAAACUUAGUAUCACCUUAGAAGAUGAACUUGACCGAGAAGUAAAGGACUCCUAUACAGUGCAGGUGAUUGCUAAAGAUGACGGCUCACCUCCAAAACAAUGUGUUUUAAAUGUUCAAAUCUCUGUGACAGAUGUCAAUGACAAUCCACCUGUGUUCUCCCAGAAUGUCUAUAACGUGUCUAUUAGAUAUGAACAUGAUGUCAGUGUUCCUGUGGUCAUUUUAUCUGCCAAAGAUUUAGACUUGAGUAGAAAUGAUAAAGUUUCAUAUUCUUUCAAUUCAAAGACAUCUGAUACGGUCAAGAGUCUUUUUGAUGUGAACAAAGAGACUGGAGAGAUUUUUCUACAUAAGAAGCUCACCUCUCGGCAAGAAUUAAAAUACGAGCUUUAUGUUGAAGCAUCAGAUGGCGGCAAUCCCCCACUGAGUUCAAUUACCAUGGUUCUUGUGAAUGUGAUUAACCAGCGGAACAAUGCCCCGAGGAUUGAUGUGAACUUUGUGUCUGCAUCGAAGGGAAAUACUGCCACGAUUUCUGAGGAUAUUGAAGUAGGCAGUUUUGUCGCUUAUGUGAAGGUCACUGAUGACGAUGCAGGGCAGAAUGUAUCAGUACCGAUCACAGCAGCUAUCUCCAUUUGUUUUGUAAGGUGCAAGAAACAGCGCAACGUUCCCCACCGGAGUGGAGUUACCCUCUCUGACAAACAUGAACAGAGGCAUUUAAUGUGCCCAUCUCACUUGGAAUCCUCUUGGGCUGACACACCGUCUGUAAGGACAACUGAUACAGACCUAAUGCGAAAUGCCCAACAAAAAGGCAGACGAGGGAUCUACCCGGGUAAUAAAUUAACUGAUGUGCAAAAAGGAUCCACUGCUGGAAUGAAGUUUCCCACAAAUUCCGACAUCAUAUAUCAGCUAUUCUCUCUUUGUAUAAGUCGUCUUCUGUGGGACUCUUUCUUUUCUUCCUUCUCUUAUAAUAAUUUCUUCCUUUUUUCUCUCCAUAUGUUUUCCUGGCUUCUCUUCUAUUUCUAUUACUUCUUACCCAUUUUACUUAUCUUUCUUUUUCUUUCUUUCAUCUCUUUUUCAUAUUCACUUUUCUUUUCCUAUUCCUUUUGA